CUCAUCUGAAUAAGAGUAUGAACUAAAUGCUCCCUAAGGUUCUAUCUAUAUCUAAAAUUCUAUAAGAAAAGGAAAAACAAAACUCUGUGAUCUAAGCUUCUGUCCAGCAGUGACUAUACUAUUCCUCCCUCCCCCUCCACUCCUGGGAGCCCCAGGUCCUACAGACAGAUGAUAUAAUAAAAAGAACAUUGUCUUUAAGGUCAGAAGAUCUAGUUUUAAACCCAGCUCUGCUACUGUGUGACUUUGGACAAAUCACUACCCCUCUCUUGGCCUGUUUAUUCAUUUGUAAAAUAAAGGGGUUGGACAAGAUCUCUGAACUUUCUUUCAAUUCUAAACCCUAUGGCCAGGACAAAGGCUGGCUGGCAAUGUCACUUUAUCAACACCAGAAAUCUUAAGACAAAGAAAUUCCCUCCUAUUAAAAUCACAGCUGUCAUGCCUCCUUGUCCAUCACCCUUUGGCUCACAGGAUAGCUUUCACAUUCAAAUGUGGAGGACCAUGGCAACCCUAACACACCAAACCCCAACUCCAGUGUACAAGUGCCUACUCCAAAGCAAGGAAACAAGGCUAGACAGAAAAAGCCUUAGCCACAUAACCUAGGGAACUAGCUGGCCAGACUGACCCUCUUUCAACUGCCUCUUGUCCUCUGUGACCAUAGGUGACUGCCCCUGACCCACUCUUUCCACCCUAAACUCUUCAGUUCACUCUUGCCCUUGUAUCACACACUUGUUCUUUCUGUCUUUCUCCCCCUCAUGCAUCCUGCAGGUAAAAUUAACUUGUCUGUAGAGCUAAGAUGCUGUUCUACUUUACGAGAGACAUGUCUAUAGAAUGCUGGGUUCUUGCAGAAGGGACUCCUGUCCAAAUACAGGUUAAACUACAUGACCUCUAAGGUCCCACCCAACUCUGAGAUUCUGGUAAUACCCAAAUGCUGCAGGACGGGUUACAAUGGGCCUGAAAGUUCAAGUGAUGCAGUAGGAAAAGCAAUGGAUUUCAAUUCAGAGGAUAAGGGUAUUAGUUUCCUCAUCAAAAUUGGGGGUGGGAGGAGAGGGGAGAACAAGAGGAGGUAAGAAAAGGACAAGAAGCUUUCUAAGAUCUCUUCCUGCUCUACAUAUAUGAUCCACAGAGGUACUGUUAUCUAAGGAGAGGUUAAGUAGGCAUAUCUUACCCCACCCAGGUCAGUCCUAGGUAAAGUAUCUAUUUAACACCCCUUCUCUCUCUGUGAGGGACAUGGACAGCUAUCCAACAAUAUGACAUCCCUUACAUCAAACCCCUACCCACAAGUUCCAGCAUCUUACUUAUCAAAAAAUUUAGCUCCCUUGGCAGCCAAGCUUGCCAGAUUCCAAAAGAGUGAGUAGCGGGAUUCCCAACCCCCAUUAUUGGACUGUUUGGUGCUGAAAAGUUCCACAGUAUCAUAUACACAUAAGCCUAGCCCUGCACACCCAUACAACUUCAUACCUCGGUACUCCCAGUCACUGCUAUCUUCCUUUGCCCCUAUAAGAAACCCAAAGAAUACCAUAACUUCCACCAGAAUUGAGAUGGGGUCAGCUCAUGCUACAGUCCUGCCUGUCUCAAAAUGAGGCACCCCUUCUAAGCUACUCCCAAAGUAAGCCUUUCCCCCAAUCAGCAUUGCUCUUUUGACUGCCUGAGCUUCUAGUUGAUAGAGAAUACUUGCUCCCCCCCCCUGCAUUUCCCCUAAAUGCAAGUACCUCAUUCCCUGAGGAAUUGGGGGUGGGGGAAGGAUUGCUUGACUUAGUCUAGAAAAGUUUCAAUGCUCCUGUAUCCUGGGUUAUAAAUAUGAUGGCCUGGCAUCCUCUGGGUUGUCUAGGAAACCCUUAGCCCAGGUAUUCCCUUUCAGAGAGGUGAGAAAGCACCCUUUCUGCUUCUGUACCCUACUUCAAAGACUCAGGCAGGCCCAGAUAUAAUGUGAGAGGAGGCUAUGGCCCCAUUGUCCUGGUAAGGCUGGAAGAGCCAAGAGAGCAACACCUGAGGCUGGCAGCGUUAGGGUAGAUACAAUCGGCUAACACUGUGCUCCUACCUCCACUUCAGCUGUGGGGGAGUCCUACUCUACUUUGGGAACUAUCCCCACUGACUUCUCUCAUUCUACAGUCAUCAUAUUAACCAGUGAGGUGCGGAAUGCUGCCUGCACUUUCAGAAGUGGCCACUGUGUCAGUUGGUUUUUGCUUAACUGUUUUUGCUUCAAGUGAGGAGUUAAGGGAGGAGAUCUAUCCAGAAAUUAUUGUGAUGUAAAAACAAAGGGCAUCAAUAGGACUUUUUUUUAAAAAAAAACUAAGAAAAAAACAACUGGGAAAGGGGAAAAGCUGAGGCCUUCACCAUGCUCCUCAGACUGGGCUGCUCCUUAGAGUGGGCUACCCCACAGACAGCAAGAGUUUAUUUUCAGAAGGCAGCCUCACCCUCAGAAAUUUCACCAGAAGAUAUUCAGCAUCACUUGCAAUCUUUCCACAGAGCCGAGUCUCUGACCCCUGCCUUUUCAGGCUUCUGCUUUGGCCAGCAAUUUGAGUCUGAGUAUUAUUACUACAUCAACACAAGCCACUAAGCCUGUUUCAAGCCUUGGAAAAUUAUGCCUGGGACCAGCUAAAUGAAGAAACCUAUCCAACCAGGUAACCACAACAUGCUUACCACCAACCAAGUAUUCUUCCUUCCCCACCCUCUGGACAGCAAGCUUUUCCAGUUCGCAUGCAAAGAAGAAAAGUCGCACCACUGCAAUACCAGAGUAAUACGGGCUAUCUCACUAGCAGAGACUUUCGUACUGUGCAUAAGGAAGCGUAUGAUGGCUGGGAUCCAAGCAACUACCAGCAGCCAAAACGUGUGCACCUGCAGGCUGAGCUUACCAACAUGCUCAGGAACAGCAACGCCAAGUUUGAUGACUCCACAGUGACCAAGGUUUCUUUCCCACCACCCUUCAAAACAAUAAAAGUAGCCACAGGCAAGCAGCCCACCAGCACAUUCAGAGUUCCUGAAGCGAAGUUUCAAGACAUCACCACCAACAAGCAAUUCUUCCAGAACUGGGGAGCCCAACCCCGCAUCCGCCACAGAGAUGUCCAUGAUGGGACCUACCUUAGGCCUGUCCUGUCAUUUGAAAGCCAAACCACCACCAAGAGCACUUUCAUGCCUACAACUGCCAAGAAGGUGAAGUUAUUCAAACCCAAAAGCAGCAGCAUCAAGAUUGGGGGAAACCAUGACUUCUCCACUGUGUACAGGGAGGUAUACAGGCCGCUUCAGUUGCCCAGCUGUUCACUGCACACUCAUCUGAUCCAAAAUCAGGACACAAAAACGAACAGAGAGACUACAACUCAACUCACCUGAGCAAACUAUCUGGGGCUCAGGAGGCAGUCCUCUGUCAGUUUCAUACCCAGAAAAUAAGGAUUUUAGGCACCUUAGAGCUUUGAAAACAACCUUCUUCUAGGAAAAGGAAUAAGCCCCAAACCAGUUUACCUGAAGUGGCACUGACCAAGGACACAGUAAGUUAUCAAUUAUAUUCUGUCCACAGCAUGUUCCUUCCUACUGUUUAAUUGGUCUUAAGUAGUUUUAUCAAAGAGUUACUGAGACAGAAUAGGGAAAGAGGUUCUAAAACUGAUUAAAAAUUUUUUCCUUUAAUUGAAAAGGUUUCUGUAGCUAUUGUAACUCUUGAUCUGAUUGAUAAAAUGAUCUACCACUCCCAUGAAGAACUUUUACAACAUGAGAAUGGUAUGCUCUUCAUCUCUCCUUGGAUCUAAGGUGUCUUGGGUAAUCUACCACCAAAGUCUGGGUCAUUAUGUAACUUUAUGAGUACCUAACAGGAACUAAUUAAACUGAGGAUAGAAGAAGGAAAAGGACAUCUCCAGAAGACACUCAUUCCUACUAUUCUGAAAGACCCUAGACCAUGCCUCCCCUAGUCCUGCAAGGUAAAUAACAGUGCAUUCCAGUUCCAAGUCACAAAAUCAUACAGCCAAUUAUUAACAGGCCAGUCCCAGAAGUAUCAUUCCCCCAAGUCUCUGGUGUCCCCAAACACUUAUGGGCAGAGAAACGGAAAAGCUU